CGUUCAGUCUCCGCGCGCCUCGCCAGCGCGCCGUCACGCGACCCGACGAAAGUGAAAUUACCACGAUGAAACUGACAGUGCGACUAGUAACCUUUUGCGCAUUGGCAUUGGCCUACGCGGAUCCUAAUGACCCGACGCAAAUCGAAAAAUACAACGAGAAAGUGAAGACGUACCAGUUGGAUGUGCCUGGAAAACAACCUAUCACCAUUAUCGAAGCUGGACCCGUAACUGAGCCACAACAUCGAUGGGAAGAAAUUGCCGUGGAUAAGGAUGAUAUUGAAGUGAAAAAUUUAAUGACGCACAUAGUUCACGACGUUAACGAUAAUAACCCCCGGUGUUACGGGCCGUCGUGUCAAGAAGGGUUUAACGGGGAAGAAGGACCACAAAAAGAGUUUGAUGACUAUAUUUUAGAUACAGAUAAAGUUAAAGAUUACCGCGAUUUCUCCAAGGAUCGUCUAGAAGCAAUAACAGCACUUGCGGCGAAACUCAAAAAAGACAAAUUAAAAGCGGAUCGUUAUUCAUCCUUGAAUAAUGAUGAACCUGAGGAUGAUGAUGGAAAUGGAAAAGUGUACACUUCAUGGAACAGACUGAAGGUCAAACAGCACAAACAUCCCUAUGAUGACAAAGAUGGGUGGGUGACAUUGGAACCAGUGGCAUGGUCUACCAGCAAGAUAUCGAAAUGGAAGCCAAAUAUCAAGAAACAUAAACCCACUGUUUGGAAUGAUGAUCAAGAUAGGUUUCCUACUGACGAUCCCUACAAUUCUUACCAAGGAAUGGGGAACAGUUACAAUUACCCACAAAAGAAACCUACUCCCACUUCUAUGCCCCGACCACAGUAUAUUAACAACAAAUUGCACGUACCAAUAGAUUAUGAUGCGGAAAUACCUUCAAAACCGUCAUGGGCAAAGCCCCAGCAAAGUUCUUUUACAUCAACAUGGUCUCCAGAUGAAAGCAGGCGUCCUCACAGACCUAACUGCGAUUCACAUGAAAGUUACCCUGCCGAUGAUUCAGUAUAUUAUGGAAUAUCAGAUUCAGUAGUAACUGAUCAUCGUCCUUCUAAUUUCCCUCACGAGUAUGAAGCUUUACAUCAGGCGGUAGUGCACCGACCUCUUCGUCGACCUACUCAAGUGGUAUAUGCGGGGUCAUCAGAUUUUGACAGCGACCGUUCAUCGCGACCUCCUUAUGGCGAUGGGCAGUGGGUAUUACUUUCAACUACAAAAGGAUAUCGGAAUAAAAAGCGUCAGAGGUCACUGAACCCUGCUGCCUCCGACGACCGCACGGAUUACCCGUCCGUGACGUCACACCAAGCGGUAGCGUUGACAGUGUUGCCAGUAGACAACGCGCAUACAAACAUGACGACUUCUCAUGGAGGGUUAUUGGAGGUGGAGAAGAGCUUCCAAACUGUAGAAGAAUCGAAGCGUGAUAUGGAUAAGUUGCAGGAUUUAGGUACGGCAGGGACGCAGCAUAAGCCGGUUUAUAAUAGAGUGGUUAAGAGAAAGAUAGUUUCGAACGUGUCGCCUGAUAGUUCGACGGUACUGGCGGCUGUGGGUGCGGGUAUGGUUCCUGCUACUAUGGCCAUGGUCGUGCCCAUGAUGCUCGGGCGCCGGCGGCGGAGAGACCUCAGUGAAUCAAUACCUGAACAAAUACACAUGCAAAAUAUCUAUUACAGAUAUCAAUAGACUUUAUUCGUAAUUUAUUUAAAUUAUUUAUUUAUUUAUUAUAAGUACUUAAUUAAUAUAUGACUGUGAUUGUUGUUAAGUUUGAAUGGAUAUGCGUGAAAUGUUUGCGAGUACUCAAACGUACUUAGAUGUAAGAUAGUAAAAAUGCCACGAUUGUAUUUGGGUGCCUCGAAUCUGUUGCUUGUGUACCUUUUACAAUGGCCUUCAUUAGUUUAAUUCAUUAAUUUAUUUGACGAAAAAUAAAACGACAA